CCUCCGGCUGUGUGUGAAUCUUCUUCUCUGUUUCCUUUGCUUCAUGAAGGUUUGAAACCCUUCCACAGGAUCACAGCUGAGCGGUCACACUAACGAGUGACGAAGAAGACGAAGCGGAAGAGAGGGGCUUCCUCUGGCUGAGCGGAGACUCCGUGACUGCAGAGUUGGAGGAGCCGUGUGGAGCCACGGAUAAAGAUCUUUAGAGAGAGAGAGAGAGAGGGUGCCACCGAUCCGAGGCCCCUUCCCCGGGUCUCCAAGCCAAGACCCUCUCUGUCUCUGCCCGGAGAGUCUCAGUCUCUCUCCGGACCCCCACGUCUCUCACAUGAAACCGUGGAGACGCCAACCAGGAGAUUGAAAACAUGUUCCUCCAGAACUCACUGCCAGAGAUGGAGAGUCCCUCAACUCAUUCUCAGGAUAACGGCGUCCAAUGGGGUCGGUUGUAAAGCACAUCAAGGAACCUUCUGGAAAAAAAACUGCCCGCUGAACGGAGGUUCCCACAGGAGACAUCGACGGAGGGACGUUACGCCCCCGUGACGCCACCAUGAGCAUGGCGAAGAUCCCGGGCUUCAAGGGCCUAGCGUUGGGCUCCCAGAGCCGGCGCAACUUCAAGAGCGACCUCUCCGUGGACAUGAUAAGCCCGCCGCUCGCCGACUUCCGGCACACCAUGCACGUGGGCCGGGGCGGGGAGGUGUUCGGGGACACCUCCUUCCUCAGUAACCACGGCGGCCGCAGGGAGGAGCCCGCGGGGAGCCCCGACUCCGCCACCGGAUUCUUCACCCGCACGUUCCGCCACGUCCGCCGGAACCCGGAGCCGCGGCUGCGGGGGGGCUCCCGGGAGCUGUCCUCGCCGCCGCCGCCGUCCAUCUCGCCCAUCAUCAAGAACGCCGUCUCGCUGCCCCAGCUGAACCUGGACCUGCACAACGGCGGCCUGCAGAGGGCGCUGUUCCCCAGCUCGGCCAGCUCUAACGAGGGCUACUACCGCUAUGGUCUGCAGUCCGGCUUCGUCACUCUCCCUCGUCUCUCCAGACUGGACAGAGAGUUUCCGGAAGGAAACAUCCGGAAGAGCUCCUUAGCGGACAGCGGCGGCCAGGCCACUCCCACGCUCUCUGACUCCUUGACCGAUUUCACCGACUUCACCUUCGACCUCGGCCCUUCCCUAAUGAGCGAGAUCCUGAGUUUGAUCGACAGUCCCAGGGGCCUAUCGGGUGGCGGCCUGGAGGCCGAGGGGCGAGGGGAUGAGGAGGAGGAGAAGGAGGAGGAGGAGGAAGAGGAGGAUGACCGCUCCUCCUCCGUCCUGCAGAUGACGCUGGAGAGCCCCCCCAGCUCCCUCACCCCCACCUCCACCAGGGGGAGCUCCCGAACCUCCGUCUGGACGGAGCGAGGGGAGGCGGCGGCGGGCAGCGGCGGCGAUCCCGCGAGAACGCCGCCAGACGCGUCCUGCCGCUCCCCUCAGGGGGCGGAGCCGGCCAUGGAGGCGGAGCGUUUCCAGCGGGCGUCCAGUGUGCUGUCCCGCCACUACGGGGGCGGGUCCUUCAGUCACCGGGACGAUGCCUCGCCGCCGCCCCACGGACUCCGUACCGCUGUGUCGUUCUCCGGACGCCGGUCCACGCCACGCGCCGGCGGCGAGGACGACGAGAUUAAACUGUAGGAGCUGAGGCAUACAGCCGAAGGCCGUGCGGUCAUGCGGCCUGCAGGGCAACGACCCGAUGGGUUGGUCAGCCGGACCGCGGGUUCACCACACGGUCCAAACACAUGAACGUUUGUUGGAAAACGUGGACAAAGUCUUCAGACAGUCUCGACAAGAGGGAUGAAGUCGUCGUCCUCAGAACCACCGGCCCUGUGAGGAGAUGUAUGUGUCGUGUUGUUUACCUUCUAACACUUAAGAGGUCAUCGGCGUGCCGCUCACUCUGCACUGCGCAGGGGUUUGACCGACUUUAUUGAUGACCUUUAAACCGAACUGAUCGAAACAUCCACAGAGCACCUAACAGACAAACCUAUGUAAGAAUAACACGUUAACUCGACAGUGGAAUAAUACCUACCUUGGUAAACCAUCUCAAAUAUAGCUAAAGAACUUGCGUAAUACAGCAUUAUUGACCUACCAGCAACUAUGAGAUUGUGAAAUGAUGGUAUUUGAUAAAAUAUAAGCCACAAUUCUGUAUGAUGUCAACCUUGUUUUAAUAAAAAUAUCUAUGUAUAUA